AUGGAGCGCACAGGGAAGAUCUUUUUUUACGAGGACAAGAACUUCCAGGGUCGUUACUUCGAAUGCAGCAGCGACUGUCCCGAGCUAAGUUCCCACUUCAGCCGCUGUAACUCUAUUCGGGUGGAGAGUGGAGCCUGGGUCAUCUAUGAGAGACCCCAGUAUAUGGGCUACCAGUACAUCCUCUCUAAAGGGGAGUACCCCAACUAUCAGAGCUGGAACGGCUUCAAUGAAACCAUUCGCUCCUGUCGCUUCAUUAGAUAUCCAUCCACCAGGCACAGGAUCCGCAUUUACGAACGUCCAGACUUCAGUGGCCAGAUGAUAGAGUUUAGCGAAGACAUGCCCAACCUGCAGGACCGCUGGCGCUACCGCGACAUCCACUCAGCCCACGUCCAGGACGGCACCUGGGUCUUCUAUGAGCAUCCGAGCUACAGGGGGCGCCAGUACCUGCUGGAAAAGGGCGAAUACAGACGGCACUCGGAGUGGGGGGCUCUUCAUCCAUCUGUAGGCUCCAUUAGACGCGUCGUGGACUUCUAGAUCAAAAGCUCACUUGCCUUUUCUUGCUUUCCUCCUGUCGCUUAUUCAACUGAGCAAAUAAAC